AUGAUGUCGGUUCUAAAAUCACUGCAGGAAUUAAAACAUAUUUCAACUUACUGCAAUCUAUCCGAAGAUAUAAUGGGAUUACCAAUUUCAACGCUGCUGUUUCGCACGCAGACGGAAUUAGGGGGUGUUUCAAAAGGAACAUUAAAUUUCAGUCACGGGCUGGACGAUCCGUUCGCGAUGCUCGCUAAGGAAGUGUACACGAAUGGUUGCGCUAUUCACAGCGCCAUAAAUUGGAGCAUCAGCCGACCUGACUUCGAACUGCGCUGC